CCAGUUUAACAUCGCUACUCCUAAGAAUUGGUCGAGCCGGAAGCAAGUAAGCUUAGCGACUGGACAGAAGUCUUAGGAAAGGUUCUAAAAUAUCAACGUCUAAAAGUGAGGUGUAAAAAGAAACUCCUAUAAUGUUACGAUUGUCUAAACAAAGCUUGGACAAGUACAAACAGAUUGCGAAACAGAAAGAGAAAUUUGGCAGAAUAUGUCGUGAAUUAUCAAAACGUGAUUUUUCCUCUGGUGGAAGCCUUCCAGAAAGUGCUGAUAUUGUAAUCAUUGGUGGAGGUUCAGCCGGAUGCAAUACUUUAUAUCAACUAGCAAAACGUGGCAUUAAAGCUGUGUUACUGGAAAAAUCGAAACUGACAGCAGGAACCACUUGGCACACAGCCGGAUUAGUGUGGAGUUUAAGACCGAGUGAUGUAGAGAUCAACCUAUUAACCUCUACGAGGAACCUCCUAAUGACCUUGGAAGAUAAGACCGGACACAAUUCAGGAUGGAUCAAUAACGGAGGCUUGUUCAUCUCGCACUCGGAAGAACGUCUGCAAGAGUACAAACGAUUGGCCACUUUAGGGAAAUGCUUUGGAAUCGAAAGUAAUAUUUUAACCGCUGCCGAGGCACAAAAAUUGUUCCCUCUAUUAGAUCCUACGUCGUUCACCGGAGCGUUGUACUCACCCGGAGAUGGAUUGGUAGACCCUGCAAUGAUGUGCACAGCUCUAACGAAGGGGGCGGUGGCCAAUGGCGGAAGAAUUAUCGAAGAUUGUCCAGCUAGUAAAAUUAUUACAGGGGAGAGUCUUCUAGGAACAAAGGAUGUAAGAGGCGUUUUAACCAGUAAAGGUAUGAUCAGAACGAAUACUGUGGUAAACGCAACUGGCGUGUGGGGCAGGGAUUUGAUUGAACCGCUGGGUGUUCAUCUUCCUUUGAUUCCGAUGAAGCACGCGUACGUUAUUUCGGAGACAAUGGACGGAAUUCACCAAAUGCUGCCAAACAUUCGCGAUCACGACUUUUCGCUAUACUUUCGCAUUCAGGGUAAAUCCAUCUGUAUGGGAGGAUAUGAAAAUAAUCCAAUUCUGCUGGAUAAGGUUCCAGGCGACUUCCAUUUUGGACUGUACGACCUAGAUUAUUCCGUUUUCGACACCCACAUCCAAGGAGCGGUUAAGCUUUGUCCAGAAUUCGGUAAUGCUGGCGUUAAGAGUACUAUCUGUGGUCCAGAAUCGUUCACUCCUGAUCACAAACCGUUGAUGGGUCCAGAUCCCAUUGUAAAUGGUCUCUUCCACAACUGUGGAUUCAAUUCGGCUGGAAUGAUGUUAGGAGCAGGUUGUGCUGAGCAGCUAGCCCAGUGGAUUGUACACGAUAGACCUGAUUUGCAUAUGUUUGCUUACGACGUGCGCAGAUUCAGUCCAAAACAGAAAAAAGCUCUGAAUUGGGCGACCGAGAGAAGCCACGAGGCAUAUGCAAAGAACUACAGUAUUGUGUUUCCCCAUGACGAACCUCUUGCUGGAAGGAACUUCACAGUAGAUCCGUUUCAUAAGCAAAUGAUCCAAUAUGGCGCUGUAAUGGAAGAUCGGCAAGGUUGGGAGCGUCCAGGUUAUUUCAUGUCCGAGGAUACUGUAGUCGUCCAACCAUACGAUUGGUAUGGAUACUACGAUUAUCCUAGAAAUACCAACACCAAUUAUGAGGAAACUUUGAAAAAGGAAUAUACUUUCGGAUUCCCGGAGCACCACGAUCUGAUUGGCGAAGAAGCUCUGACUUGUCGCCAUGAUGCCACCAUCUUCAAUUUGAGCUAUUUUUGUAAGCUGUUUCUCACUGGCAGUCAAGCGAAAGAAGCUGUCGAAUGGAUAUUCACGGCAGAUUUGAAUAAACCUGUUAAUAAAACCAUAUACACUUGCGCUCUGAACAAGCGUGGCGGCGUGGAAGCUGAUGUGACCGUGAGCAUUGUAGAAUCCGGACAAGGAGAGCUUCACGAUCCUAUCUUCAAGGGUCGCGGAUAUUACAUCGUAGCGGGAGGGGCAUCAGCGUAUCACACGAAAUCGCAUAUUUGGGCAGCGAUACAGGAGAAAGCUCUACGCGCGGUCGUGACUGAUCAGACCGAUGCAAUGGGAGUCCUGUCAAUCCAAGGACCCAAGAGUAGAGAAAUUUUACAAAAAAUUACAGACUUUGACCUAAGCGAUGAAAAGAAACUAGCACCAAAUAUGAACGCAGUGCUAAGUAUUAAAAUUAAUCCAUUCUACUCGUGCAGCGUGAGAAUUUUAAGAGUCAGCUUCGUUGGAGAGUUAGGAUACGAAUUGCACAUACCAGAGGAAAGCUGUAACGAUGUUUACAACGCAUUGAUGAAAGCCGGAUACAAAGAUGGACUGCGAAAUGCAGGAUACCGCGCACUGUACUCGUUGAGUAGUGAAAAAGGUUAUCAUCUGUGGGGUUCGGAUUUACGUUCAGAUGAUACACCAAUUGAAGCAAAUCUUGGUUUCACCUGCAGGAAGAAAGGUGACUAUCAAGGUCGGGUAGUUGUCGAGAGACAACUACAGAAUGGAGUGAACAAGAAAUUAGCAUUCUUUACAUUGAAUGAACAGGUACCGGUUUGGGGACUGGAGGCCGUCUAUCGAAAUGGAGAACUCGUCGGUCACCUGCGACGAGGCGAGUAUGGCUACACACUGCACAAACCGAUCGGCCAAGCCUACAUCACCAGAAAGGACGGCGACUACGUUACAAACGAGUAUAUCAAAAACGGCCGAUAUCAAAUUGAGAUUAUGGGAAAACUCUACGACGCAGAGUGCCACCUCAGAAGUCCAUUUGAUCCCAAAGGCGAACGGAUAUUAGGCAUCUAUAAAUAAAUUUUACUACCAACGUGA